AUGGCCCUGUCCAGACGGCUCGAAGGCGUCUCGGCCCGUCGACUGCGCCUCCUCGUCCGCGUCGCCUUCAUCGCCUCGGCCCUCGUCUUCUUCCUCCACCUCGCCGACUCGUCGACGUCGCACCCUCUCACCCGCACCUCGCCUCGCCGCCGCCUUGCCGACGACUCGCCCCCGUCCUCGCACGACGUUGCCCUCAUCUUUGACGACAAUCGCGUCGACUAUGCGACCCAGAUGCUGCGCUCGGCGGCCACCUACGGCUGGCCCCGACACGCGCUCCACUUCCACCUCGUCGCUCCACCUGCCGUCGUUCACCUCGUCCAACCCGUCCUCGACGAGCUCGGCAUUCGCGCGACGUGGUAUGACUACGCCGCCUGCGACCGCCUCGUCGCGCCCGUCCGACCUUUCGCCAACGAGGCCAUCCACACGAGCGCCCUCUGCAAGGUCUUCCUCGCCGACCUCCUCGUCGACGUCGACCGCGUCCUGUACCUCGACACGGACGCCACCAUCGUCGGCACCCUCGACGUGUGCACCCAGCCGCUCGCCGACGACGCCCUGUUCGGCAUGGCGCUCGACCUCGGCGACGCGUGCCAGGUCCGGCCCGAGCGGUGCUGGCCCCUGUCGCUCCAGUUCACGCCCUGGGACGGCCUCGUGUGCGGCAACGUGCCCAAGCAUCACUGGCCGCCGAGCUUCGAGGCAGACGACGCCGUCUGUGCUCAGCCAGGAGAGCCCGAGCCGGCCCAGGUCAACGGCGGCGUCAUCGUCAUGGAGCUCUCGCGCAUGCGCCGCGCCCGCUUCAUCCCCAAGCUCCUCGCCUCGACCGCGCACGCGUUCCUCCUCGCCAACCGCCGCCACGCGACGUGGGCCGAGCAAGAGUUCCUCAACGCCUACAUCCGCGACUACCCGCACGACUUUGCCGUCAUCCCGUGUGGGUGCAACUACCAGUACGUCGGCAUACGUCGCGAGGCCAAGUGCGCCGGGCAGCCGGUCCACAUCGUCCAUCACUGGUCGAGCAACGCCGCCGUCGAGACGACCGACCCGUACAACCAGGUCUUCCACCACCUGCGCCGCAACGACUCGGGCGCGCUCCCACCGCUCCCGGCCCUCUCGUCCUCGUCGGCCUACUCGCCCUCGGGCCCGGUCCGCGUCGAGCUCAACCUCGACUGCGUCGGCCAGCCGUACGACUGCGCCGAGUCGUCGCCCGCCGCCGCACCGCCCCGGUGGGGCGACCCGGUCUACGUCCUGACGCGCACGGCCGCCCGCCCGCGCUUCUUCGCCGCCGCGCGCGAGUCGGUCCUCGGCCAGUCGUACCCGUACGUGCACCACCUCGUCGCGACCGACGACGCGGCGAGCAUGGCGUACCUCGGCGGCGUCGAGGAGGCCGACUUGGUCGAGCGGCGCCGCGAGUCGCACGCGUUCGACCCGGACGAGGUGUGCCGCGCGUGCCAGCCGCUCAACGAGCCGGGCAGGGCGUGCGGCCAGGCGCCUGACCUCGGCAACCCGCUGCGGCAGCCGUACCUCGAGUGCUACUGCGCGUCGCACUACCCGAUGAACGAGCUCGUCAACCACCUCGUGCGUCGCGCGGCGGCCGCCACCACCACCGAGGCGGCGGGCCCAGGUUGGCUCAUCCUCCUCGACGACGACAACGUGUUUAGCUCGUCGAGCGCCGUGUCGGACGUCAUGCUCGACGUCGAGCACGCCGACCAGGUCGUCCUGUUCCGGUCGCGGCUCGGGCGCCUCACGCCGAGCGACGACGCCAUGGGCCGCCUCCCCGUCGAAAGGGGCGACAUUGACGCGAGCAACUUUAUGGUGCACUCGUCGCACGCCGAGGAGGCGCUGUGGGACGCGAGGCGCUGCGGAGACUGGCGCACGAUCGACCGUCUCACCAAGCUUCUCGAGCCCAAGUGGAGCUCGGCCAUGCCCAUCUCGGCGCACCCUCUCCGCGCUCGACUCGGCGGCCUCGGCGGGAGGCACGACUUGCCCGACCCGGCGGCGGCGCCGGCGGCGUGA